AUGCACCACCACCCUGCACCCGUUGCCUUUUUGGGUCAGUUUGGGCCUCUGGUCGAGGGUGCUGCCGGCUUGAUCCCUGGUCCCCCUUCCGAGGAUGGUAGUCUUAGCAAGGUGCGCAUUGAGGCGGUUGGUUGCUCUACGGCAGGUGAGGUCUCCCUGGAGCCCAUCGAAUGCAAAGUCCCAGAAUGCCGGCCGGGACCUUCUGUCUUCAACAAUCCACGGUUUCGCGACGCCCGCCUUAGGAGCCUCCUCGACACGCCGUUUGGGGAACGAAUGCCGAGAGGUAUCUUUGUGCCGGCCCAAGACCUUCUCAGGGAACCUGGCGAUGAGAUUGCCAAUCCGGUUGAAAGGCUGGUUCAAGCUGUCUUUCUAGUGUUCAAGCCCGACUACGCUCCCGAACUGCUUCAGAUUGAUCUGUGGACGCCUGUUACGGUCCCCCAGGCCCUCGCGACACUUCAGGCGUCCCGUGCUGAGGCCCACCGGCGUCACAUGCCUCAUCUUGUGCCCAUUCACCUGCAGCCUUCGCACGAAUAUGCAUGUGUUCUUGCCAUUCCAGAGUGGGCUGUCGACCGGGUGUGCAUACUCUUCGAUCUGUCCCGCCUUGAUGGGCGCAUUUUCGCGAAGUUUGUUGCGGCCCGGGUUGACCACGCAUCCCUUCUUGUCCUUGCCGACCUUUUUGCGCAGACGGAUGCCGUUGUCUAUGUCCACGACUAUCCCCUUCCACUGCAGCCAGGAGAGGUCGUCGAUCUCCAGACCGGCUACUGUGUGACCAUCACAGGACGACAGCAGCCACACUUUGCUGUCUUUGAUCUGCACGACAUGCUACAGAGCCCCGCCGGAUGGAACGCGCGGGCAACAGUCCCAAGUGCCGAAGGUGACUGGUUUCAUAUUCUUGGUGAUGAGGAUUCGUGCCACUUCAGACUCUUUGCGGAUAGGAGGCCCAACCUGCGUGAGGACCUCUCUGAGCGACUCGGGUAUGAGGCCCACCUGCUCAGCGUCUUUCGGGCUGAGCCUCGUCUUGCAGACUUUUACGAAGAUGGCAUUCUCGCCAACCAGGUCGCAGUCGUGACACAGCAAAGGGUCAGACAUGAACCCGGAACUCCCGGACGGUCAGUUGCCAUCCUUGAUCUGCGCCCGAUACUCCUUGGCCUCACUUGGGAGUUUGCGCCUUUUGGCCGUCUCCCGGCCCAGCUUCUCUACGAUCGCUACGAGGAGCUCUGUCCGCCUGGCUAUAGAGUGUGCAUCAGAGGCCGCCCGCAGCACGCGGAUGAGGGAUUGUCCUUCCUAGUUGCCAAUGGGGAGACCCUUCUGGUUGAGUUUGUUGUGCAGGAUUUUGUUCAGGGUCACUUCGCGGGUCCCGAUGGGGGUCCUCCACCCCCCUCUUCUUCGGAUGACUCAGAUGACUCUGACUCUUACGAGUACACGAAUCUACUUGCUAGCAGCUCUGCCAGUGAUUCCGGGGACGGUGGCCGAACGGAUGGCCCGGCGGGGCCUCCUCCCCCCGCACCAGUGAGGUACGACCGGCACAGGCUCAGACGCUAUGAAAUUGCGCCGAGAGGAGCCAAAGACAGCCCGGCCAAACUCGGCCUUGCGCUUCUACAUGCCCUUCUUCACGGUGCUGCCGUUGGCUCCGCUGCCCUUCUUGUGCUUGCCUCUGUCGGCCUUCUUCUUUGGCCGGUCCGGGGUUUCUCUGUUACACCCCGAGGAAGGCUCUUCAUUUUGAUUGUGCUAUCCUUUGGGCUGCAGGAGGUCCAUGCCGUGCAACUGCGUGGCACUAGCUGCCUUGCCGUCGACAGUGAUGCUCUGAGAGCUACCGGGGAGCCAGUACACGGUUUUAGGCCCCUCCCCACCCCAUGUCGAGCCUUUCCAACCGUUUUGCCUGUCUUGGAUGUACACUGCGCCUGCUCUGAUACCUCUGCUGGGGGUUCCGAGGCCGUCGAGCCCCGGAUUGAUGUGUCCGCAGGACACAUUACCCUACUGGAAGAGAGCGUGCGACAACCUGGAUCUCGAGCUUUCUUUCUUGCCAGCACACUCCUUGAGGCAGUUGUUGAACAUGAAACCGAGAGACGAACCGGGCACCCACCAGGUGCCAGACGGAUCAGCCUCGCUGAUUCCCUCCCCACAGCCGUUACCGUCGACCUCUCAGCGGUGUCGUUGCCGGUUCACCAGACGAUUGACCAAGUUGUUCAGUGGACAAGGGAAGCAGUUUGGCCACUUUGCGGCGAUCUCCCUUCCGAGCCCCCUUUGCCGGCAUGUGUGCAGGACUUUCUUGCCAAGUGUGCUUUUGGGGAUUCUCCGCGAACUGCCCCAUGCUAUGAGCAGAUUACCAUCUACACCGAUGGGUCUUACGACGGAGCUGCCUCUUCCUGGUCGUUCUGUGCUUUUGGUAGCCAGGGAGACCGGACUACCUUCAUUGGGUGGUCUGCCGGCCAGGUGCAUACCGACGCUGCGGACCCUCUCUUUCUGCAGCCUUGCCGUCACAGCGCCCUCUGUGGCGAGCAACAUGCUAUCCUCUGGGCCGCUAUUUGGCUCAUGCAGUCCCCACGGCACUUUCGUUCCCAUCUCGUGUCGGACUGCCUUGUUGCGCUGCAACAGGCCACGGGCACUUUUGGCUGGAGCGAUGCUGACAGCUUUGCCCCGCUAUGCCGUGCCGCCAUGCAGGCUGCGUGUUCAGCCAGGCCUACCCUUGAUUCUGAGAUCUCCCAUGUCCGUUCUCAUCAGGGGCACCCCGCCAAUGAGCUCGCGGAUCACCUGGCUAAGAGCGCCAACAGGGGCCAUGGGGUGACUCCCACUCCCCACCAGCUCUGGGCUGCUGAGUGGAUUCGUCAAGGUGCCCUGGCCUGGCUUUGGGUUCAGAUCGAAGCUGCGGCCUUUCCGGAUAUGCAAGCCUUCGGCCUGCAGCCGGACCCCAACCCGAAUGGUGUUGGACUGAUGACAACGCUGGCGUUAAAUGCACUGAUGGCUUCACAGGUCGUGCACGCUAUCUGCGCGAGCAGCUCCAAGGUGCAGGAGUCCAGGUCGCAGCACUUCAAGAAGCCAGAUCA